AUGAAUCAGACUAUUUUGUUAACAAAGACUUCGUUGACAAAAAGGCCUUUUCGUCUUGCCCACCAAACACUUUGUUUGUCAAAAAUAGACUUUUCCCAGUGCAUUGUGGUUGGCUUUACGCAGUUAGUAAUUUGGCCACUAGAAACGUCUCUACGACGUAUUCCCUUGAAUGUGCGUCAGUGUCGCAUACACCGAGUCGUGGUUGAGGCUGCAGAAGAGUACUUUAGGGGUCCUUCAGAUAUUUACUCGCGCAUCUAUCCUCCUGUCGACGUGCCCGUGGCUUUUUCUGAUCCUUGUGUGGAGAUUUGCAAACAGGAUUGUAAAUUUAGGACCCUGGACAACUUUGAAAUCAAACAUGCCUCAAUUAUAUCUACUACAGACCCUGAUGAAGGAGGUGGUGAACUUACUGUGCGGAUUCCACCUUCGAUACUUGGGCUAGUGCGGGAUAAACAACCCCUUCUUGUCACCAUAGAGUUCUCGCUCACACGUCCCAAAUACGGCUUCCACUUCGUCAUCCCAGAAGAUGGCUCUCUGGAUACUGCAUAUGCCUUUACUGGUGGUCCGCCGAAUUCGUCUCGUUCCUGGUUUCCAUGUGUUGAUUGUAGCGAGCCCUGUACUUGGAAAAUCGAAAUCACUGUUGACGAGGACUUUGUUGCAAUAGCUCCUGGUGAGCUGCUUGGUCCACCAGAGUAUACAGAUGAUCUACGUGCGAAGACCUACCAAUUUUUCCUUGCCCAACCCACCUCUGCACCAUCCAUUGGCCUAGUUAUUGGUGCGUUUGAAAUAUUUCCCGAUAUAAGUGAAUCAACGGGCAGUACGGUAAUAACCCAUUUCUGUCCGAAGGGUUUGCGCAGUCUUCUGGUGCAUAGCUCCCAAUCACUUGCGGGCAUCGUUGAAUACUACGAAGGCGAGCUGGCCUCACAGUUUCCGUUCCAUUCCCUCGACUUUGUGUUUGUCGAUCGUGCUUUCGAAGAUCAUCAAUCUUUCGCCUCUGUCAUAAUCUUCUCUGUUGAUCUACUGUACUCUCCGCGCAUAAUUGAUCAAGCAAUUACGUCUCGUCGCAUCUUUGCCUUUGCUGUGGCUCAGCAAUUUUUCGGUUGUGCGUUACAAGCUGAGACAUGGGCUGGUGCCUGGUUGCCCUAUGGAAUAGCCGGCUACCUUGCCGGUCUAUACCAGAAACGCGUAUUUGGCAAUAACGAAUAUCGCUAUUUCAUCGCCAACGAGAUGCGCUCUGUAACUGGAUACGAGCACACACGUCACGGAAUAAUCCUGGAUCCCAGCAAUACAAUUCGUAAGAAUACGUAUUUCAGCUUGAAGCACCCACAGGUACUUUCGCCGGACUAUUUGAGUGUAUACAUAAAGAAGUCCCAUCUAGUGAUCAGAAUGCUUGGCCUGCGUUUUGGGCAGCGUGUUCUUCUACAAGUUUUCAACAAACUCUUCGUCCUGGCCCGCCUAUCGACCAUCAACGCAGGCGCAGAGGAGAAGGUGCCCGUCAAUGGUACACCUGUUCCACACGACAACUCCGUCACCACCGUAUCCGAGGAUAGUGCUGUGCCCCCGACGCUGAGUGACGAGAACCGCGCCAACCUUCUCCUUUCGACCGACUCCUUUCGACGCAUCAUCUCGACGGUCACUGGACAAGACAUAGAAAACUUCCUCGAUCACUGGGUCUUCAAGCCGGGUCAUGUUCGCCUCUUUGCUAAGUUCCUCUUCAACAGGAAGCGCAAUGUUGUUGAACUGGAGUUGAAGCAGGACCUGCAAUCACGAAGCACCCUAAACUAUACCGGUCCACUGACAGCUAUGCUACAAGAACUCGACGGUCCUUUCAUACACACCUUUAAACUGGAGGAGGGACGAACCUCGAAGGAUCUACAGUGUCAUUCCAAGUCAAGAAAACACAAGAAGAAAAAGAUUCCUCUCUCCAAUGGUGACGAGGUGGAGAUGGAUCUUAGUCGGAUAUACCCCGACUCGCCACUUCUCUGGCUACGAUUGGAUCCUGAUCUCACCGUCAUUCGCAGUAUCCAUACUGAACAGGCAGACUUCGCCUGGCACCUUAUGCUGGCCUAUGACAGGGACUGCUUAGGCCAAUUGGAGGCUGUACAUGCUCUCGUCGACUUUGUAUCACCAGAAACACGUCAUGCUCUCUCUAAUAUCGUCGCUGAUGAACAGGUUUACUACCGGGUUCGAACAGAUGCUUGUUUUGUCCUCUGUCGAGUCGCCAAUGAGUUAGCAAGCAUCGGUGCUGGCGGUGUCGGCUUAGGAUUAUCCGCAGGUGGCGGUGGAGUUGGUGGAAGUUCUAGUCACCACACUCAUCAGACCUCUUCCGUUCUCAUUCCGCUCUUCUGGCAACUCUACUCCUCGCCUCUGACUCGUGGACUCGUGCGUCAAAACGACUUCUCUAACUUGCAGCGCUACUUUUUGCAAAAGGCCAUUGUUCGUGCUGUCGCCACCCUGCGUAUUCAGCAAGUUUGCCCGUGGGAUGUACUUAAUUUCCUUGUCGAGUUGAAUCGGUACAAUGAUAACUCACGCAACGCCUACUCCGACUGCUACUACCGGGCGGAACUGAUCAAUGCAAUGAAGGAUACACUCACACCUGCUAUUGUAAUGCGUGGUGUGAUUUCUGUCUCCUCUUUGCCAAAUGAAGUGCGAACUGUAGUGGAGGAGGUAGCGAGAUGCCUUAAUCGUGAUGCUCAAAUCCCAAGCUAUAAGAGAAUGGUCACCGUAGCAUGCCUCCUCGCAAUCCGACGCCUACAACGAUUCGGAUUCCUUCCAGUUGACCCAAAGCUCUUUUACAAAGCCGCUGCUUCCGGUCAUUACACAGAUGUGCGUCUGGCUGCUAUAGAAUGCCUCGUCGAUUAUGUUCGCGGGGAACGAGACCAAACCGCUUUGGAAUGGCUAUUUGACCAAAUCAUCGAGCAAAAAGGCACUACAGAGGCCUCUUAUUCCCGCCUCCGCUAUGAAACAGUUCGUUUACUGACUGAAACACCUCCAUUUGCCCGUGGAGAGACAGGAAGCAGACUUGAUACACCACAGCUGGUGGACAGAAUCUGGUCGUUGAUGAACCACGGGUGUGCUGGUGACUCGAGAUUGCGCUGUGCUUUGACCGAUCUCUACUUCAGCCUCUACGGCAACAGGCGACCCUCCUGUCUACCAUUGGCAGAUGGUGUGCUUCUGGUUCGAGUUCGUGAAGGUCGUUCAAUGGUGCGAUUGCCAGAGAAGGAGGGCUCAAUGGACGGAGAUCGAGCUGAUGGAAACGAAAGUGGCUUGUUGGAGUCAACUGGUCGACCUCAAUUGGAAAACUGCUCACCUCUCAAACGAAGAAUGGAGCAUUUGAGUGAUGAUGACGAUGAGUACAUCCGAUGGUGCACUCUGACAAUGCAGCGAAAACGGUUAGAAAGUAUUAAAUUGUGGCGUGGCGGGUGCGUGUGGUGCGGCGGUUGGCAUGGCUGCCUUCCAAGCACCCGAGUUGGACUGCCGGCACGCACAGGCGCUCCACUCGUCUCUUCCCUCGGCUGCAUCUAUCCCCAAUGCUUCUAG